GUAACUACAAAUUAUCAUCCUUUCUAAAUGUUGAAACAAUGUUGUCUAGAGGCCUCUUGUUCGUUCAUACUUUUGUCAGAGCCAUAAAUGUCGAAAUACAUUUACAUUGUAGGCAGACUGUCUCGUUAUAUAAAUCGACGCAACGUCUGUGCACAAUAAACAGACAGUGCCCCACCGUCGGUGAAGUUGUCGAAGAAUGGAGCAACCGAUUCAAGAUCGAAGGUAUUCCAGAACCUGUAGAAUCGAUCGAACACAUCGUAGCACACAUCAUAAACACUAAUAAGAUAACAGAUGUUAUAACAGCCCGAAAUCUGAGACUCACGUUAGAUCAAUGUUCCAAGUUGGAAUCAUUGUGCGAAUGCAGGUUAUCUAGGAUGCCAGUACAGUACAUAAUAGGAGAAUGGGAUUUUCGAGAUAUUACUUUAAAACUAGUCCCACCUGUUUUCAUUCCGCGGCCAGAAACUGAGAUAUUAGUUGAUAUUGUGUUAAAAAGACUAAGCUUCUCGCAAGAAAAAGAACAGAAGAUUUUAGAACUCGGAUGCGGUUCUGGAGCAAUAUCUCUUGCAAUUGCUCACAGUAACAAAACGGUAAAUUGCAUAGCGAUCGAUGCAAACCGUCAGGCAUGCGAAUUAACUAAAAGCAAUCGAGAUAGAUUAGGUUUAGAAAAUCAAGUUGUAAUUGUACAUGCGACUCUCAAAGACGAUGGAACAAUCGAACUGUCGAACGUACUAAGUGGACCAGAAAAUCUUGAUUUAAAUUCAAACUCAUUCGAUUUUAUAGUUAGCAAUCCUCCGUAUGUACCUACUAAGCAGAUACUUAAAUUAUCUCCAGAAAUUAAAAUUUAUGAAGAUUUAAGAGCGCUCGAUGGAGGAGACGAUGGAUUAAAAAUAAUCAAACCUCUGUUAAAAUAUGCUUCUACGGUUUUAAAAACUGGUGGACAUUUAUUUUUAGAGGUUGACUCAACGCAUCCUGAAUAUAUAGAAUUUUUUACGAAAAAAUAUUCUACCCUUAAGCUUAAAUACGAGCAUACGUGCAAAGACUUUUGUAACAAUGAUCGAUUUGUCGAAAUAUUAAAAAUGCCAUAAGUCUGCUUCACGCAAAGGAAAAAUAAAAAUAAAGACAACACGAAGAUAUUAAAGUGUGAAAAAUCAUUUGUAGUUUUACAAUUAAUAAAUAGUAAACCUUGAUAAUAGUAACGUAAGUUUAUGAAAUCCAGAAUCCUCACAAUUUAUUCUAAUCGUUAUUAUACAAGGUAUCCAGUAGUUUUAGUAGAAAAGGAGAAAGAAAUAUACACUAAUAUUGCCUGAAAUUACUAGACAUGACAAAUAUCCGAUUAUGCCAUAACAACAUCUAAUCAUAGAAUUAUAAAACUGCGUUGGAUAUA